CAUAAGAGAAAGGCAGGUCGGUCACGAGCCUGGCUCCACCCCUUUCCAGUCCCUCGCCAUCUUCUACCUUAUACACAUCCUAUAUCAUCAGGCUGGGAGGCGUGUGCCUGAGACCAGGCUGUUGUGUCCUUGAGAAUCAGACCACCAGAAAUCUGGACACCUGUGCCUUCAGACCUGACCUGUGGGAAUGGGGCGAUGCGGAGCACAUCCCUCAGACACCGGGAGCAGCUGAGAGAGAAGGCUUCAGAGAAAGGGACCCACGGAGACCGUUGGCCACGCCUGAAUUGGGCAGACCAACCUGGGUGGGCCUCUUGCGUGUGCCAGUCUGCUCUAAAGAGAUAAGAUUGGGGAUCUUGCCUUUCUGGAGAAUGCAGCUUCAAGGACCUGUCUUUGUAGGUGUGCCCCUGCUGGGGCCCAUCCUGAUUUGUAUGCUCAUUCAUCAGCCAUCCAGUCGGUGUGAGGAUGAGAGAAAGUUACCCUGGUGCCCACCUCACAAGGUCAUAUUGCUUGUGUGGGUGACCAUCUACUCUGUCAUGGGCUAUGCCUCCUACCUGGUAUGGAAGGAACUCGGAGGGGGCUUCCGGUGGCCCCUAGCACUGCCCCUUGGUCUCUACUCUUUCCAGCUGGCCCUCAGCUGGACUUUCUUGGUGCUCUUCCUGGCAGCCGACAGCCCUGGGCUGGCCCUCCUGGACCUCUUACUGCUCUAUGGACUGGUAGCAAGCCUGGUGUUUAUCUGGCAGCCAAUCAACAAGCUGGCUGCUCUGCUCCUCCUGCCCUACCUGGCCUGGCUCACUGUGACCACCGCCAUCACCUACCGCCUGUGGAGGGACAGCUUGUGUCCAACGUACCAGCCUUAGCCAUCCGAGGAGAACAAACUGAGGCACGGGGAUGCAGAAGAAGGGAGGACGGCAAGAAGCUGGAGUAGCUGGGGAGCUAGGGAUACUUGAUGUGGCCGCUCUCCUGCAUCUUCCUGUUGUCCUUUCUCCUUAGACAUAGAAAAGAAGGGGUGCUUUCUGCCGUAUAAUAAAGUCCUGCUGUUGACCUUGAGGGCCUGGUGUAAGGUGGAAGUGGAUGCAUGGCUUGCAGGGCUGCAGAGUAGAAGCUUCCCCAGUAAGAGUGAUGAGCAGAUGUGGGAGCACACGCUGGGGAGGGUGAGCACCACCUCCCCUCUCACAUGCCUCCCCAGGCCACUGUAGGGCUUAGCACUUAGUACUUCCCCAGAAACAGACCUGGGCCAGCAAGAUGGCUCCGCAGGUAAAGCACUUGCCAGCAAGACAGAUAGAAACCUGAUUUCUCUCACUGGGAUCCACAAGGUUAAAGGAGGAAAAAAAUGACUUGCAAAAACUGUCCUUGAACCUCCACAUGAGCACUGUGACACACAGAGAUACACACAAUACAGGUGUGCACAUGGGACCUGUGCAUGCCUGCAUGCGUGUCGGUGCACUCCUGUAACCCCAGCAGCAUCCGGGAAACGGAGAUGGAAGGAUCAGGAGUUCCAGGUCAUCCUUGACUAUACAGCAAAUUUAAAAAAAAAAAAAA